ACACAGAAUGCACAAACCCCCCAUGACAGGCCUCUUGAUACAAUAACUGUUUAACUCAGCGUGCACAUCAUCUUUUUACUCUUAACUCGUAUUUUGGCUCAUCAGCUGCAUCUGUGAGCACAUCAUCCGGACACACUGUACCUCGUAGUGGACUACAAACCGUCUUCUGGGAUGAUCGCAGUCGGCAGAUGUGAGUCUCUUUACCAGAGACUGAGUGUGGACGUAAAAAACAGACUGGACUUGAAACCUCUUUUUAUAGCAAGCCGCUCUCACCAGAUCAGGGAUGUUGACCCAGUGGUCCUUAUCAUCGGAGAGGGCGAUGUGGAGGCUGUUAAUGAGCUAGCAGCCACAUCUCCUCAUAGCCUGAUGAGGGAGAACCCAGAAGGCUGGAUCCCUUUGCAUCAUGCUGCAUAUAGAGGGCAGGCUGAGUGCUUGAGGACCUUACUUAAAUUGCAUCUAAGUUCUGCAGACAAGCGCACCUUGCAGGAACAAACGGCUUUGCUGCUUGCGGUAUCUGGUGUACAUUUAUCAUGUGUGACAUGUCUUCUGGAGUCUGGAGCUGAUCCUGACAUCAGUGGCAAGAAUAAAGAAACCCCUUUGUACGCAGCCUGCAGGUUGGACAACGUGGACAUAGUGAGCCUCCUUCUCUCCUUCGGGGCCACAGUAAACCAGCGAUGUGCUCAGGGUUGGACAGCGCUCCACGAGGCCGUAUCCCAUAGCAACAUAACAAUGUGUGACAUCCUCAUAGACGCCGGAGCCACGAUUAACCCGUCUAACACGUACAGCGUCACACCGCUCAUUGUAGCAGCUCAACUAGGACGUUCAAAGGCCGUCAGUUACCUCAUUGGAAAAGGGGCCGAUGUAAACUUGCAGACUUGUGAUGGUGUCACGGCGCUGCAUGAGGCCAGCAAAAAUGGCCACGAAGACAUUGUCGCACUGUUGUUGUCCAAAAAUGCAGACGCGAAUAAACCUGCCGUCUCAGGACUGCUGCCUCUGCAUGUUGCAGCUCAAAAUGGACACCAAAAGAUCGUGUCUCUUCUUGUCCCUGUGACGAGCCGCACCAUACUUCGCCACAGUUGGAUCAGUCCUUUGCACUUGGCAGCUGAACACAAUCGGCCCCAAGUAGCAGCUGCGCUCCUCAAGACAGGUGCAGACAUCAACUCCACGCUGACCCCCUCUCGCUCCGCGCUCUAUGCUGACGGACGCAAGACAGCGCUCUACUUUGCCGUCGCCAACGGCUCUACGGAGACCGCAGAGCUGCUCUUGAACGCAGGUGCCAGCCUGGACUUGGACCCUGUCUGUCCUCUACUGCUGGCUGUGCACAGAGGCAACAUGGACACUGUGACAUUGUUGCUGCAAAGAGGGGCUGACGUCAACGCCACAAUCCCAUCUUGGGCCGCAACGUUCCCUGCGGUUGUUGCGCUCUGCAAGGAUAACCUGCCUCUACUCAGCUGCCUUCUGGAUAACGGCUGUGAUGCCCUCUCCUGCUUCACAUGCACGCACGGCUCAAGCCAUCAUCCAGAAGAAUCCCAUAUGGGAACUAUUGGCACCAUAAGCUGCACUGAACCACCACAUGAAGUGACACAGUUUUGUGAAUGGAUGUCAACAUCCCUUAUGAGAAAAUGUGCUGGACCGAUCGUAGACUUGUUGCUGGAGCACGUCGCUCACGUUCAACUGUGCGGCAAACUCACUCAACUGCUAGACAGCCAGCACGAAUGGAGAGCUGUAAAGAGGAAGUCAUUGUCACCUCGUCCACUGCGGCACCUUUGCAGAUUAAGUAUUCGCAGCCAAGUGAGUCCAAGCAGACUGAGAUCCCUCACAAGCUUACCUCUGCCAGGAAGCCUGAUCAGAUACCUCACAGUGAAGGACUGAUACCUUUCAUCAAAUACAUUUAUACCUAUUUUGACUGCAUCAAAUGUAUCUGUAAAGCAUUCUAUCUAUUUAAA